UGCAUGACUUGAUAUGACCUGAAAGCUAAAGGCUAGCUAUUAUUGCUCUAUUAGAGCCUGCGAGUGAGGGAGAAUAGGAAAAUGAGUCAGUCAAGUUCCAAGUAUGGCGUAAUUCGGCAACAAUACCGGCACCCUCAGUAGCUUAUCUUCAGAUUCUGAGAGGAAAAAGAGGAGAAAGCCUGCGCGUGUUUGUGACUGUGAGAGGAGAGGAGAGAAAGUGAGGGAGAGGAGGGUAGUUGCAUCACUCAAGAGGAGUAGGCGUGCUCUUGUGCGCUGCAUCGUUUGAUGAUCGCCCCGGUUCCCCCAAACCUCCACGGUGGGUUCUCAGUGGGUGAGGUUGGCCAAUCAAAGCGAUUUAGCGGACUCUUCUUACCAGAGAAGUCGAGACUGACUUUGGUACUGGAAGCAGAGCCGUGCAGCGCACUGGCCAGCGAAACCACAUCGCAGGACUUUGGAUAACUCAAACAGCAGAAGAGAUUUGCGUUCGCAAAGACGCGCCGCUCAUUUGCGUCCCGCUCCAACUGAAAAGCUGAAUAUGUUGCUAUGAAUGAUUCAGUCAGUCAGCAAAUGUGACUCUUGUUUUCUCUGUUUUUCCUUUUCAUACUUGGACUCUGGUGGGGGGAAAGUCCACGGUGGAAGCGUAAGCCAAAAAAACUCGCACUGUGCGCGCAGGGGGGUUGGUUAUUUUUAUUUUUAUUUUUUUAUUUUUUUUUACCAAGAUGCAGGUGGAUCGGAGCUGUCUGCUUUCCUGUGCUUGGUUUACGUGGCUGCUCUUACUUUUAUCAACUCUAAGUACCAGGGAAACCGGGGUGGGAGGCUCUCACCAGAACAUCCCUCCAUCAGUGGUGAAGCUGUGGGCCUCAGCGUUUGGUGGGGAGAUGAAGUCCAUCUCAACAAAGUACUCUGGCUCCCAGCUGCUGCAGAAAAAAUACAAGGAGUUUGAGCGUGCAGUGCGGGUGGAAGAGAUUGAUGGGCUGCGGCUGGUAAAGAAGCUGGCAGAAAACAUGGAAGAAAUGUUUCACAAGAAAGCCCAGGCUAUGAAGAGACUGGUAGAAGCAGCAGAGGAAGCCCACCUACAGCAUGAAGAAGAUCCAGACCUGCAGUACGAAUACUUCAAUGCAGUGCUGAUAAACGAGGUGGAUGAGGAGGGGCGCAGUGUGGAGCUGGGAGGAGAGUUUAUUCUGCAACCCAAUGAUCAUUUUAACAAUCUGUCAGUCAACCUCAGCCUCAGCGUGGUCCAGGUUCCCACCAAUAUGUACAACAAAGACUCUGCAAUUGUCAAUGGAGUGUACUGGUCUGAGGCCCUAAACAAAGUGUUUGUGGAUAACUUUGAGAGAGACCCCUCGCUCAUUUGGCAGUACUUUGGCAGUGCCAAAGGCUUUUUCAGGCAGUACCCAGGAAUCAAAUGGAAACCAGACGAGCACGGAGUCAUAGCUUUCGACUGUCGUAAUCGGAAGUGGUACAUCCAGGCUGCCACUUCUCCAAAAGAUGUGGUGAUUCUGGUGGAUGUAAGUGGCAGCAUGAAAGGCCUGAGAUUGACAAUCGCCAGGCAGACCGUUUCCUCCAUUUUGGACACUCUGGGAGAUGACGACUUUUUUAAUAUCAUUGCUUACAAUGAGGAAUUACAUUAUGUGGAGCCGUGCCUGAAUGGAACCUUGGUUCAAGCAGACGUCACCAACAAAGAUCAUUUCCGAGAGCACCUCGACAAGCUGUUUGCUCAGGGCAUUGGUAUGUUGGACAUAGCUCUGACUGAGGCGUUCAAUCUUCUCACUGAUUUCAACCAGACUGGGAGAGGUAGCGAGUGUAGCCAGGCCAUUAUGUUGGUGACAGAUGGGGCAGUGGAUACAUAUGAUGCCAUCUUUGCCAAGUAUAACUGGCCAGACAGAAAGGUCCGAAUAUUCCCUUACCUGAUUGGUCGAGAGUCAGCCUUUGCAGAAAAUCUGAAAUGGAUGGCGUGUGCUAACAAAGGCUACUUUACUCAGAUUUCCACAUUGGCAGAUGUGCAGGAGAAUGUGAUGGAGUAUCUCCACGUUCUGAGUCGUCCCAAAGUGAUUGACCGGGAGCAUGACACAGUGUGGACUGAAGCGUACAUCGAUAGUACUCUCCCUCAAGCACAAAAGUUGGAGGACGGUCAAGGUCCAGUUCUGAUGACCACAGUGGCAAUGCCAGUGUUCAGUACCAAGAAUGAAACUAGAAACCAUGGAAUUCUUCUAGGGGUGGUUGGGACAGAUGUUCCUGUCUCUGAAUUGCUCAAAACUAUUCCCAAAUAUAAGCUGGGCAUUCAUGGGUAUGCCUUUGCAAUCACCAAUAACGGCUACAUCCUCACUCAUCCAGACCUGCGGCCACUUUACGGAGAUGGCAAGAAGCGAAGGAAACCAAAUUACAGCAGCGUGGAUCUUUCAGAGGUGGAAUGGGAAGACAAGGAUGACACGUUAAGAAAUGCCAUGGUCAACAGAAAGACAGGGACCUUCUCUAUGGAGGUGACGAAGAGUGUGGACAAAGGGAAACGUGUUUUGGUUUUGCACAAUGAUUACUAUUACACAGACAUCAAAGGAACUCCUUUCAGUCUAGGAGUUGCUCUUUCUAGAGGCCACGGGAAGUUUUUCUUCAGAGGAAAUGUUACAGUGGAAGAAGGACUUCAUGACUUGGAGCAUCCUGAUGUAGCUCUGGCAGAUGAAUGGACAUACUGCAACACAGAUGAACACUCUGAGCACCGCUACCUGUCCCAAAUAGAGGCAAUCAAAAUAUACCUCAGCGGACAUGAACCCCACUUACAAUGUGACAAGGAACUGAUUCAGGAAGUUCUCUUUGAUGCUGUGGUUACAGCCCCAUUGGAAGCAUACUGGACCAGCCUUGUGCUCAAUAAAUCAGAGAACUCGGAUAAAGGUGUGGAGAUAGCCUACCUUGGCACAAGAACAGGACUGUCCAGAAUUAAUCUGUUUGUGGUGCCUGAUGAGCUUACAAACCAAGACUUCCUGACAGCUGAGGACAAAGAGGGUGUGUUCAAUGCUGAUCACUUUCCACUGUGGUACAAGAGAGCAGCAGAACAAGUUCCUGGUACUUUUAUUUACUCGCUGCCUUUCAACACAGGGUCAGAAAACAAAAGUGUUGUACUGGCCAGUACUGCUAUUCAACUUCUGGAUGAGAGGAAAUCUCCCAUAGCUGCGGCUGUGGGCAUCCAGAUGAAACUGGAAUUUUUUCAGAGGAAAUUUUGGACAGCCAGCAGACAGUGUGCUGCAUUAGAUGGGAAAUGCUCCAUAAGCUGUGACGAUGAGAAUAUUAACUGUUACCUAAUUGACAACAAUGGCUUCAUUUUGGUAGCAGAAGAUUAUACUCUGACAGGGAAAUUUUUUGGGGAAGCUGAAGGAGCUGUAAUGAAUAAGCUGCUGCAGAUGGGCUCUUUCAAGAGGGUCACUCUGUAUGACUACCAGGCUCUGUGUUGGGUGUAUUCAGAGAGCAGUGACAGUGGACACACACUGCUGGAUCCUUACUUUGCCUUCUUCUCAGCUGUGAAGUGGAUCCUGACUGAGCUUGUCAUAUUCCUGGUUGAAUUCAACUUGUACAGCUGGUGGAACUCUGACUUUACUGCUAAAGCUCAGAGGAUGGGUCGGACCAUGCAGGUACCAUGUGACACAGAGUACCCAGCCUUCAUCUCAGAGAGAACCAUCAAAGAAAACAUGGGCAACAUCGACUGUGAUGGCUGCUUCAAGUCCUUUGUGAUUCAGCAGAUACCCAGCAGUAAUCUUUUCAUGGUGGUGGUGGACAACAAGUGUGACUGCAGCAUGUUUGAGCCAAUCACCAUGGACCCCAUCGAAAUCAUGUAUAAUGAAUCUCUCAAAUGCGAGAGACUGAAGAUGCAGAAGGAUAGAAGGCGCCCAGACACCUGCCACCCUUUUCACCCAGAGGAAAACUCAAUGGAGUGUGGAGGGGCUGUGAUUCUCACCCCAUCUCUUGUGGCAACGCUGCUCUGCGUUCUUUUGGCAUUGUUCCCUAGGUGACCACAGCUGGCCACGCCUCUCCAUCCAGAGCUUGACUUGGAUUGGUUUAGCUCGGCACACAAACAAUGCCACAGGACAUAACACUUCUGCCCCAUAAAAAACCAUGCCCAGUUUCAACUCACCAACUCCGGAGUUCCUAGCUUGGGCUUCCGCUCUUUAAGAAACAUUUUUGGAAGGAUUGAUCAUUGAUUGCAUUACAGUUGCUAAGAAGUGGCCAUUAUGGUGCUUUCAUUAUAUCACUUGAGCUGUACAGAGAGGUUUGAGGGAGAGCCUAAAUUUUGAAAACUUACACUGUAAACAAUGCACUUAGUAGCUUAAAAACAGCACAAGUGGUCCAGCAACACCUUCUGACACUAACGCCACAAUGUUCAGCUUUUUCAGGUAGCAGCUAAGGGCUGGGGUCUGUAGCUGAGCUUGGAACUGGGCAAUAUGAGCCAUGAAACACCCAUGUGGAGAGAAACAAAUGCACCUUCUCCUGACUUUUCAUGGACAACACUGAUUCUGAAAAUCUAAAAAAAAAAAAAAAAACAUAACACUGACACUGAAGAUGUUUUCAUGUGGCUGGGGUUGUCAUGAAAUGUUUGUCUAAUGAUCUUUUUUUCAUAAUGACAAAAAAUAAGUUGAAGUAUGUACAAUAUGUGAAGAAAAGAAGAGUUUUAUUUAUAAUUUGCAAGUGGUACCCAUAAACUGUGACUAUGAGAUUUUAAUUCCUCUGAUGUGAGUGGUUGUUAAUAUUUGAGCUUUGCCUUAUCAAACAAUAUUGAUUCCGUUUGUGUACUUUUGAAAUAAAAUUAUGUUUAAAAUUUA